GGCGCUUUCCAGACGUUAGAGGAACAGCACUAUGAAUCAAGAAAAACUGGCCAAGCUUCAAGCUCAGGUCCGAAUAGGAGGAAAGGGAACAGCUCGCAGAAAGAAGAAGGUGGUGCACAGAACAGCAACAGCUGAUGACAAAAAACUUCAGAGUUCCCUCAAAAAACUGGCAGUAAAUAACAUUGCUGGCAUUGAAGAGGUGAACAUGAUAAAAGAUGAUGGAACAGUUAUUCACUUCAACAACCCCAAGGUUCAAGCGUCCCUCUCUGCUAACACUUUUGCAAUUACUGGGCAUGCAGAGGCUAAACCGAUCACAGAAAUGCUUCCAGGCAUCUUAAGCCAGCUUGGUGCUGACAGCUUAACAAGUCUCAGGAAGUUAGCUGAACAGUUCCCAAGACAAGUUUUGGAUAGUAAAGCACCAAAAUCUGAAGACAUUGAUGAAGAAGAUGAUGAUGUCCCAGAUCUCGUAGAAAACUUUGAUGAAGCAUCAAAGAAUGAAGCUAACUAAAUCCUUAAUAGUUCUGGAAGCUGGCAUGGACUAGAUUUAAGAAAUCAGCUAUGUGGUUCCAAAGUUUUAAAGAAACAGAGAACAUCAUCUGUUAAUAGUUCAGUAAUAUAAAUAUUUUGUAUUUUUAUGAUGCUGUUUGUUCAGCAUUUUCUGUCAGUUGAUUUUGCAUUUUGCACUUACUCCCAGGAUCUACUCUUUUGGUCAAAAAGAAAUGUCAGUGCAGUUUGAGGGGUGUGUGCAUGUGCGUGCGUGUAUGUGUGUGGGUGUACAUAUAGUGGGGAACAAAUUGGAGAACAGUUUUAUUUAACCUUUUCCCCUUUUCCUUUGGAAGUAGAAAUAAAAUGAAUCUUGAGCAUUGUUACUCUUGAUUUUCACCAAAUAGUGCACAGAAAGUAGUGAAGAUGAAAGUCUUGUCCGUGUUUCCUAACCUGAAGGCGUUACGCAAUUAAAACUUGGGUUUAAUUUGCUGUUUAACUAUUGUACUUACAAAUGCAUUUCUCAUUCUUGUUGAAAUGUGCACAUGCUGUUUGUUAUCAACCUUAUGUUGAUCACAGAUGAUAACCAAGACGAGCUGUUUUACCAGCUUGUUUGUUGCAGUCACCUUUUAAAAAAAACAAAAAAACAAAAAAAACCCCACCUUGCUCCUAGAAAAGUGUGCUUUUUUUUUCUCCUUUCUAAACUUUUGGGUUUUUUUCUUAACCUUUUGAGUCAAGCUAAUGUGUUUGACUCCUACGACAUAGACUUAGCAGUUUGUUCUCCUGUUGAUUAUGCAGAGUAUUACCCAUGUCAAAAAGAAAAAAAACAAAAAACCUUCAGUUCUCUAUCAUCAAGUCACUUCCUGAACUUGAAGGGGUAACAAUUCAGUGCACUAGUUUGCACCAUAACAGAUUUUUGCUUGAAUAACUUCAAGCUGUUGUCUUGGCAUGACUGCAUUUACUAGCAGCUGAUGAUCCACUGUUGUUCUUUAUGGCACUAAAAAUUAAACGCACCGUGUGAGCAAUGUAAAUUUAAGGUGAGAGGAAAGAGUUGUUGACAUCUUGCCUUGCUUCCUGCUGGGCAGUUUGUGCAAUGACUAGCUCUAAAGGGAUCUUUUUUGCCUGUAUUUUUACCUUUGCCUGUAACCUACCUCUAGGUUUGGUGUCAUCUAUGUAGUAGCUUAUUAAAAUCCACAAAUGCUCCUCAGGCAUAAAGAGGAUAUUGGGAGGUACCAUUGGUACAGUGCAGUAUUUGUGACUUUCCUUUAGAAUGCUUAAUGUGAAUCCUUUCCCCGCCCCCGUGCCCCCGAGGCUCUUUCAAGGUUCUUGAUAUAAUGAGCAUUACGGUAUAGUUAGACAUCAUUGUAACCUGUGUCAAGGGCAGCUGUGGCUUAAAGCCAUUUUUUUUCUCUACAUCUGUCAUCUAACCCUGGCUUAAUUGAAACAUAUCAGCUUUUUAUGUAGGUUCAUACACUAGAGAACUGUAAAGUACAAGGUAAACAGUACAUGAGUUCUGGUAACCUCAGAGAACCAGGACAGCAGAGCUGUAGUGGUUUGCCAGCUGGACAGUUUAUUUUCUAGGUUUUGUUCAGUUUUUCCUGUUAUAUUUUAUAUACUACGUGGAUCUUACUACAAAAUAAAAUAACAGUACAAAAGAGGAAUUGCUCCCUCUUGUGUGUUGUCCCCUCUUCCCGUCAGCCCCAGCUGAGGAACAACAGGCAGCUGCUGUUUUAAAUGGUAAAUGCAGCCUCAGUGAUAGCUACCCCGCAAGAUAUGCGGGGUUAGGGAGGAUCCUCAGCCUUAGGACUCACGCUGCCGUAUACCUGCUCUCCUCUUCUCCCUGCAGCAUUGAAUGAAACCUUAGUCUACUGCAUGGCUAAUCUUGAAUCAGCUGCAGCUUCACUUGUUCUGUUUGUAAGGAAGAUAUGGUUCCUCGUUUAUGCGCACACAGGCUGAUUGAAUUGCCUUCUGCUGCGUCUGCCAGCUUGGUGAGCCAAUGAAAGGUCCUAGGAAACAGGUAUCUGCAGUCGUCUUUCCCUCGCUUAGGGGGCAUAAGUGAAGCGCAUUUUUGAAUUAGCAACUGUGCCGACUUAAUGUACGGGACACCCUUUUCCCAGUGCUAAUCAGAUACUGAAAACUUAUUGGUUUCUGAUGUAGGAAGUAUGUUGAAAGUAAUUUUGUGAGAGAUUAAGCAUUGGAAAUAAAAUAAUUCAGUAAGUUUA